AUGAGUCAACAACAAGGAAAUAAUAAAGAAGCAGGAUGGGUUAGAGUCCAAAUUAAAUUAUUUACACUAUGGAUGGACGAAGUACUUCAACAAAGACAAAUGGGAGUAAAAGAUUUAGCCGUUGAUCUUAAAGAUGGAAUUCGAGUAAUUAAUUUCUUUGAAUUACUUUCAGGAAAGACGUUAAAAGAAAAAUAUGAUUUAAGACCAAAGAAUCGUAUUCAAAUGGUUCAUAAUUUACAUUUAGCAAUGCAAUUUCUUGAAAAAGAGAUGUUAGUAAGAAAUCCAGGAUGUUUUGCAGAAGAUGUAGUUGAUGCAGAUAUUCAUGGAGUUAAAUUAAUUCUUGGACUUCUUUAUACAUUGUAUAGAAAAUAUAGAUUAAGUGUAUUAGUUGAUAAAAAGAAAGGAAAAAGUAUGAAAGAAGAAGAUGCACUUUUAGAAUGGGUAAGAGAAGUUACUGAUGGAUAUGGAGUUACUGUAGAAAAUUUCAAACAUUCAUUUAAUGAUGGUAAAGUAUAUUUAGCAUUAGCUCAUGUUAUUAGUAAUAAAUCAUUUGACUAUGAUGAAUUUAAAGAUAAAUCAAGAACUGAAAUUCUUGAAAAAGCUUUUAGUGUUGCUGAAGAGAAUGGUAUUCAUAGAUUGUUAAUGGUUGAUGAAGUAGCCAAUGGAGAUAUUGAUGAACGUGCGUUAGUACUUUAUACUUCAUUGUAUCAUCAUGAAUAUCUUAAAAGAAAAGAAAUGGAAGCAUUACAAGGAGAUGUAGAGAAAAAUCAAGCACAACUUGAACUUGAAUCAAAAUCUAAAGAUGAUUUAAUUAAAUUAAAUGUUGAAUUAAAAAAUAAACAUGAAGCACUUACUAAUGAACUUAAUGAUAUGGAGAAAGAAUUAGUGAAAAACGACUAG